UUCGUGCUUCGAUCCGGAGGAAUGGAACUCCACUGUGGAGAUGAUGCUGUUGCUGUUUCUGUUGCUAAGCACAGUAGUCAACAGUGACGGUGAAGGGACAAACAAUUCCUUGGUUCUAAAGAGGACUCAGCGGGACCUUGAAAACUAUAGACUAUUCAGAGGACCCUGUGAUGAAAACUGGUUUUACUUUCCUCCUUUAAACUCCUGUUACCGGUUUUUCAGUGACAAGAAGACAUGGGAGGCAGCUGAGAAUUUCUGCAAACAGCUCCCACAUUCUGGACAUCUGCCAUCUGUGUUCUCAAACAUCCAUAACAACUUCAUUUCUGACGUGGUCAGUGCUGUGGAUGAAAGCAAGCCAUGGACAUGGAUUGGCCUGAAUGACAGAUCACAGGAAGGGCCUUUCACAUGGAGUGAUGGAACUUCCUACACUUACAGAUGCUGGGCUGGCCAUCAGCCUGAUAAUCACCAAGGCAAUGAAGACUGUGUGCACAUUCUUUCUGGAAGUUCUCCAGUUUGGAACGAUUUUCCCUGUAAUACGGAAGUUGGUUUUAUUUGUGCCUACAAACUUCACUGUAUUUAGAAGUCUCCAGAAACAUCCACUCAUCCUUUCUAGCGGUGGAUUCAGUGCCUGAUUUCUUUGUAGCUGCUCUCACUGUCUGUGGUGUCUGU